AUGUCUUAUAAUUACAAUCAAAACCAAAGACCACCACCACCAAGUUAUGACCCACCUCCAGGGCAAGUUCCACCUGGUGCAGACCCACAGUUAUAUUAUUGGUUCCAAGCUGUAGACACUGAUAAAAGUGGAAAUUUGACCGCGGCGGAAUUACAAAAAGCUUUAAUUAAUGGCAUUCCAUUUAAUAUUGAAACUGUCCGAUUAAUGAUGAAUAUGUUUGAUACAGAUAAUACUGGAACAAUUAAUUUUUCUGAAUUUGUUGGACUUUGGCGGUACAUUGAAGAUUGGAAAAAAUGUUUUCAAACCUUCGAUGCUGAUAAUUCAGGCACUGUGAACUUUCAAGAACUUAAAACCGCUUUGAAAACAUUUGGAUACAAUUUAAGUGAUAGUUUCGUUAGCCUACUUAUUAAAAAGUAUGAUAAAUAUGCGGGCACAAAAAAUAAAACAGGAAAAGGGGAUGUGACUUUUGACAAUUUUGUGCAAUCUUGCGUGACUGUCAAGACUCUUACAGAUGCUUUCAGGCGUUAUGAUACAGAUACUGACGGCUGGAUUAUGAUCAAUUAUGAACAGUUUCUGGAAUUGGUCGUUAAUAAUCGAUAG